AGAACCCGGAUGCUGGACUCUGCGCAUAACUUUGCUCUUGGAUUUUUUUGUUACCCUCUGGAGGGUCAGUACCAACAAGAGAUCAUGAUUGGAGCCAAAGGUAUCAACAAUACUCUCGCCCCUUAUCGAUUUUGCCCCAAUAAUGACAUUCCAAAUAUCGGCUACCGCGGCGCACCACUUACUGAUGCAUGGAAUGCAGUGUAUCUCAGGGAUACCGUCCCUUGUUUGCAACGAUAUGUUGAUGGGUUUGAAUUGGAUGUCCGAGAUGUUUAUGCCAUGCAAGAAUUGUGUGCCUACGAGACGGUCGCUCUUGGUUAUUCCAAGUCCUGCGAACUCUUCACGGAGAAGGGUGGGAAGGCUUUGAUUAUUCGUAAGAAACCUCUUCUAUACAGUUUGCACGCCGCUGAUCUUAACCAGAUCUGCCUUAGCGGUCCAGAAUAG